CUAAUAUUCACGUCAAUCAGAGUGACUGAUGUGGAGGUGGUGGCGCUGUGUAAAUGACCAUUGAAAGGUGCGCAAGUGGCGCAGUAAAUAGGAAAGAUUUUCAAGAUGGCCGAAAAUCUUCUGGAAAAAAUUGAAAGCUUCGUCUCAUAAAGACCUGGGAGGGAACAGUUUCCUUGGAAAAUCAGAAUGUUAUUUGACAGCUAAUACAGAAAAAAUGCGCAAAGUCAAGAAUGAAGCAAAAUAGAGUAAACCAAAAAGUUGAGACCCAGCCUACUUCUGAUGUUGAUAAAGGCAAAAAAAGACGAAAAACAAGCUCAACUCCAACCAAUGAGACAUUGAGCACAUGUCAGGCAGACUGGGGAAACCUGCACUAUGAUGUGAUUCUGCAUAUCUUUCAGUACUUGCCAUUGGUGGAUCGAGCUUAUGCAUCAUCAGUGUGUAGAACAUGGAAUGAAGUCUUUCACAUGCCUGAGCUAUGGAGGCGAUUUGAGUUUGAACUGAACCAACCAGCCACAUCCUAUCUGAAAUCAACCCACCCAGAUCUGAUCCAGCAGAUAAUCAAAAAGCAUGCAGAUCAUUUGCAGUAUGUCAGUUUUAAGGUUGAUAGUAGCACUGAAUCUGCAGAGGCAGCCUGUGAUAUUCUUUCACAACUGGUCAACUGUUCCAUAAAGACCUUAGGGCUAAUCUCCACAGCAAGACCUAGUUUCAUGAAUUUGUCAAAGUCACGUUUUGUGUCAGCUCUGACUGUGGUAUUUGUGAACUCGAAAUCACUGUCAUCAAUCAAGAUUGAUGAUACACCGGUAGAUGACCCAUCUCUUAAAGUUUUGGUGGCUAAUAACAGUGACACUCUGAAAUUGUUGAAAAUGAGCAGUUGUCCUCAUGUUUCACCUGCAGGUAUUCUUUGUGUGGCAGAUCAGUGCUAUGGCCUCAGAGAGCUGGCACUAAACUAUUACCUUCUGAGUGAUGAGUUGUUGUUGGCUUUAUCCAGUGAGAAGCAUGUUCAUCUGGAACAUCUUCGCAUUGAUGUGGUGAGUGAGAAUCCUGGACAGACACAAUUCCACAGCAUCAAAAAGAGUAGCUGGGAUGCUCUUGUGAGACAUUCUCCAAAAGUCAACAUUGUCAUGUACUUCUUUCUGUAUGAAGAAGAGUUUGACCCAUUUUUCCGUGAUGAAACUCCAGUCACGCACAUCUAUUUUGGCCGUACCGUCAGUAAGGAGAUAUUGGGUCGCAUUGGAAUGAACUGCCCAAGAUUGAUCGAAUUGGUGGUCUUCGCAAACGGUCUUCAACCUCUGGAUGAUGAAUUGAUUUGCAUUGCAGAACGUUGCAAAAACCUAACUGCAAUGGGCCUGGGUGAAUGUGAAGUUUCAUGCAGUGCAUUUGUGGAGUUUGUGAAGAUGUGUGGAGGACGGCUGACUCAGCUAUCUAUAAUGGAGGAAGUACUGAUACCAGAUCAGAAAUAUAACUUGGAACAAAUCCACUGGGAGGUUUCCAAGUAUCUGGGCAGGGUAUGGUUCCCAGAUAUGAUGCCCACCUGGUAAUAUUUUUGCAGAUUAUUUAAGGUUAGGGAAUGAAGAACUCAGCUGAAUCGAGGGGAUGGUUCACAAUGCUUUCAUCAAUGAAUAAUGCAUACAGAUAAAAGUUGAUAAAUCUGAAUACCUAUUAAAUAUUAAAACAACUAAACUUUUUAAAAAGUCUUAAGAUCUAUUUGAAUGCACUUUUCAGUCCAGCUUUUCAGGAUUCAGAUGUUGACUACCGUAAUUGUGACUGUGUAUUUAAUUACUUACAUUGUAUCUUAACAUUUUCAAAGCAUAAAAUGCUGGCUUAUUUUUAACCAGAUCUUGUGUGACUUCUGUUUAUGGACUAAACUGAUUGAUUGUGUAAAGGAUUGUGUCUUUGAAGAAGGCCCAUUUUGCUUUCUAAUCAUAGAAACAAGUUGAAUAUUGUGGAUUAAGUCCUAUGGCUUAAUAUUUUAUUCCCUUCUGCUUAAGGGGAAGAAGGAACUUCAGUAAGCUGACAAAUUAACUGUUACUCAUUUGUGACUGGUUUCCAAUAAAUGUCCUUUUAAAUAUGUAUAUUUUUACAUUGAACUAGAAGACCCGCCAGAAGAGAGGAACAGACUGCAUGCAACUGUAGGAGAGAUCUGAUCCCAGGUGGAGGGGCCAGAGGCCAAAGGGGUAGAGAGUUGGAGCCUGGGGUGGGUGGAGUCGGGCAUGUCAGAGGCCUCUGAAGUGGUGGGGUGUGUGGUGUGCAGGGUGCUACAGGUUGAUCAUGAGCCUUGUUGGGGUGAUUGGAGGAUUGGAAGCCUGGUGAAGUAGCAAGCAGUCAGAGACCUUGUAGGCGAUGGCGGUGGGGGAUGAUAUUGAAGGCUUUCUGAGGGAAGGAGGAAAAUGGUCAGAGUCUUAUUGGGGGUGUGAUUGAGGUGUUGGUAAACAGAGGCUUUAGUGAGGAUUGGUUAAGAGGCCUGGGCUAAGGGAAAGGUUGUGCACUUAUUGGAAGGGUAAUUUAGUGGGGACGGGGUGUACAAUGGCAGUGGGUGGCCAGGCAGGCACGUUGGAUCCAACAAGUAGGUGGAAAAGCAGUCAUCUCCUGAUUCAGCAGUACCUCAUCUCAGCUCAGCUGAUGGGUUAAAUUUCAAAUGGGGAAAACAAAUGAGGCACCUAGCCUCAUUGAAAUAUUUAAAGUGUGAACCCGCUUCAUUGAAGGGUUGGUUGCCUGCUCUGCCUCCAUUAAAAAGAGCAGGUUAAUCCUCACAUUAGACCCAAACGCAUUCCCUUCAAUAAAGUAGAUUGAUUUUGCAUUAGCUUACUUGGGAUUGUGGAGGUGUGGGUUGUGGUGACUUUUUUGACCCCAUGGCAUUGUCUCCAGCCGUGUGUGUGCGUGCGUGUGUCGGAUGACCUACUCCUGUCCCUGUGUGAAUAAGCUGCACCAUUUACAAAGGCUGCCUUUAUGCAGAUUUUAGACUUAUUUUGGUGAAUUUAUCCAAAAUUGGAAAUGCUAUUCUCCUGAGUCAAGCUACCCUCCUUACAUGUGUUGAAUAAAGUUAACUUUAAGUUAUAUUCUAAGUUGAUAUUACUUGCAUGUCUGUAACCCUGCUAAAUAUCUGGAUUUUCCACUCCAUCAUAAGAUUACAACUUGAAAGCAUGUAGGAACAAGUAAAUUAUUUAGUGGGUGUAAAUAGAAAUCAGUUGUAAUGCCUGCAUAUGCUAUAUAUUGGAGUUUUGAUUUGAAGUAACCACAGUGUAGUUGGUAACUAUUACCAAAUGCCUUGGAAACUGAUCUGGAUGAUGAAUAAACUGAAAAUGGCUAAGCUGAAGUUUGAAAAUAUCGGUAUAUGAAAACAGAACAUUUAAGAAUUCAUUUGAAAUAAGAUGUUUUAAUUCAAUUGAAUUUUUUGGAGCUUCCACGGAUGUUUCCUCAAUAUUUAUAUUGUUGCAGCACAUUUGGUAAGUCACCAGUUGAGUUUUAACCUGAUAUUAUUAUGCAAAAAUCUGACACAAAUUUUACUCCAGAUUAAGUGCACGGAAUUUUACAGGACUGGAAAAGGCAGUGAGCGUUCAAAAUCCAUAGACUUUAGCAGGACAGCAAAAUCCGCUGGCAGGAGAGGCCGUAAAAUUCCGCCCAGUGAAUGUGCUAGUUUAAUGACACCUCUGACACCCCUCUCCUCCCAUUUUGCUGCCACCCCCAUACUCCAUCUACAUGCAGAGAUAUUGGCAACCUAUUUAAAAUUCAAUUGCACUCGAUAUAAUGAUACAGGUCCGGUUUAAAUGAAUGCCUGAUUAAUGCCAACAGGAAGCUUUAACCUGUAAUAGGCAGUAAUAAUGCAAAUUUGGUGAAUUAAUACUUUGGUAGCAUUCACAUUGCCCGUGGGCUUGCAUGAAUUUGAAAAGUUGGAACCAAGCUGCUAUGAGGAACAUUCAUAAUACCAACUCUGAUGAAAGGCCAUGACCUGAAACAUUAACUCUCUUUCUCACUCCAUAGAUGCUGCCACACCUGCUUAGUAUUUCCAGCAUUUUGUGUUUUAAUGUAGCAGGUAUGUGGUACAAGCCCAGCUGAAAAUACAGACAGUGCAAAGUAAAACUCACCUUGGUAUAGCUUAAUUGCAGUCUACAUGAGAUGCAGUUCAGAAAUUGAGUUUUAUCAUUGAUGCUAGAAUGGAAGGGUUGCAGUGAUACUUGUUAAGUCAGUAAAUUGAUUUGGAUUUCACAGUUGACUUAGAAAUAGAUGUUGAUUGACAAAAAGCUGAAAAUAUGUUUCAGAAGCACAAUAGCAACCUAUAAAGAAACUGUACAUAAAGUCAUUGCUUACUGAAGUUGUUGAGGCACAAACCUAUUUGUGUAUUGUACAAAAGAAAUUGCUGAUGUAGCAAUACUACAGUUUGCGAAGAAUGAAUCAAUUUUAAAAUGAUAAAUCAAUUACAAAAUUAAUUUUCCUUGUGUAUUGUACAUGAAAUGUGGACAUGUUUUUGUCAUAGGCUUUUCAUUCUUUUGUAAUGUGGCUGAACCCCUUGUAUUUGGUUGUUGUCCUGAUUGAGAAACUCAUUCCAAAGGCACUUUUUGGAGAAUAUGGAGAAUUGAAAUGAUUUCAGCUAACUUAACAUUUGAAUCCAAUUUUCUAAAAACAAAAUGUAUUCAUACCAGGUGGUUCAGUUGGAGAUCUUGAGGCAGGUUUGAGUAUAUUAAACUUGCAUUAGAUGUGCGAAUUAACAAUAAAGCAUUUCCUGGAAGUUGUAUUGUUUAUACUUUGCUCAUUAAGUUUUACAAAGUAUAUUUUAUGUAUUUUCUUACUGUGAUAUAAAAAUUUAGAUAUUUAAAGGUGAGUGUACAAUUGUUUUGUGACUGCUGUAGGUAACCAAACCUACAUAUUAGAAAUUUAGAAUACACAGAUCAUUAAAGCAAAUUAUUUGUUCCAA